GCCGCAGCUGCAGUCAGCGCAGUCGCGGCUGCGAGUGGAAUGGAUGUAGUGGCGGGGCUUCCUGGGAGACACCGCUUGGUCCCGGAGACAAGCCCGCAGCGGCUGAGGGAAGAAGUGCUCGGUGCAGCAGCCAUCAGGUUAUUGUCAGAUGCCAACCAGAGAAGCUAAAUGAUAGGAUUGCACCUGGCGUGACUUUGAGUAUCACAGCCGUGUUGGGCUCUCUCUCUGCAGCUGCUAUUACCUGAUCACUGUUUCUACGUUUCUACUUUUUUAAAAAAAAUUGUCUCUUCUGCUUUGGGAGAAUGUUUCCACUGCACGGAUUGGGAAGGACUCUGUUGAUACUGGAGCUUCUGGAGGCCACAGCACUGGCGCACUGGCAGAAUGAACCCAUGCCGAUCGUCAAAGACUUGGACAGCCAGAUUGAGGCCUCUAUGCAUUCGGUGAUCCUGGAGCAGGACCCACCCGCUGUGUCCUUCAGUAUCCCGGAUGGCUCUGCGUACAUUAGUCGCGCCUUUACAAUGAGAAUCCCAACGGAGAUGCUGCCUGCCCACGCGAUGCUUAAGAUUACGGAGUCUGGGAAGGAGACACUGCCCUCAUGGCUGCAUUGGGAUCCGGUGAGUCACUCACUUCAGGGGCUCCCACUAGACACAGAUAGAGGAGUCCACUAUAUCUCAGCCACUGCCCUGGAGCUGGCUGCUAAUGGAAGCCUUGUGCCUUUUGCUGAAGAUGUCUUUUCCAUUGAGGUUCUGCCAGAUGACCCAUUAGACAAUGCUCCCCUUGCUCUGACACCACAGUUGGUUAACGAGGUUACACCAUUGGUCUGUGCGCAUGAGGAACCCCUCACCAUUUUGACUGUGAUCCUGGACGCUGACCUAACGAAGAUGACAGCCGUGCAGCGCAUUGGACUGUUGGACCGAAUGCGCAAGUUUGCUGAGGUGGGACUCCAUCAAAUGAAGCUCGUUCCAGUCGUGAACAACCGUCUGUUCGACAUGUCUGCCUUCAUGGCCGGGCCUGGGAAUGCCAAGAAGGUAGUGGAGAAUGGGGCUCUGCUAUCCUGGAAGAUUGGAUGUUUCUUAAAUCAGAACAAUGUCCCUAACAUCAGCAGCGUGGAGAUCCCUGCCAAGGAGGGGACCAUGUCUGCUCAGCUUGGCUAUCCUGUAGUAGGCUGGCACAUUGCCAACAAGAAAUUGCAGGUGACUAAGAGAGUGCGUAGGCAAAUAAAUCCCACUCCAACGCCUGUCAUAUUUGCACUGCCACCAACAACUGCUAUUAGAGAACCACCACCUCGUAUAGUCCCAACACCCACCUCUCCAAUUAUUGCAUCCACCACAGACAGAGUGGCGCCACCAAUCAGAAAACCAUUGAUAAGUAAGUCCAUUAAAACUGUCAGACCAAAAGAUACAAUUACUCAUACACCCACUUUGGGUCCUGUGCAGCCAACCAGGGUGUUGGAAAAAUCAAGUACAACCAUCCCCAGUCAGAUUGAACCAACCGUGACCAGACCUGGUUACGUCGAACCCACGGCUGUGCCAUCUCCACGCACGACCAAGAAACCCCGGGUUACCACUCUGAAACCACAGGUUACAACUCCAACGACAAUUACUGCAACUACCAGGAAGCCUAAGGGACGAACCAAGAUGCCACGGGUCACUACGAAACCAUCCACCAAGCUGCAGACCACGUCGCCACCCGCCAGGCGCACGACCAGCCCCGCCCAUGCGACCAAGCCCUUCCGGCAGCCUGUUGGUGACAACUGGCCACCCAAGCUCACGAACCAUAUUGAUCGUGUGGACUCGUGGGUGGGAACUUACUUCGAGGUUAAGAUCCCGUCUGACACGUUUUACGAUGAUGAGGACGGUACCACUGACAAACUGCAACUGACGCUCAAACUCACGGAGCAGCAGCCACUGCCCGAGAACUCAUGGGUCAUGUUCAACGGCACCAGCCAACUGCUAUAUGGUUUGCCGGACACUAGCCAUGAAGGAAAGCACGAGUACUUCAUGCAUGCUGCAGACAAGGGAGGCCUGACGGCAGUGGAUGCCUUCGAGAUCCACGUAUACAGUCGGCCUCACGGUGGCAAAUCGAGCGCCAAAUUUGCUGCUCGAUUUGAAGGGGAUCACAGGAAAGUGGUCAACGAUGUUAACAAAAAAAUCCAGCUGAUCAAAAAGCUGGCCUAUGCAUUUGGCGACCGCAACAGCAGCACUGUGACCUUGCAUGGUAUCUCGAAGGGCUCCAUUGUGGUUGAGUGGACUAACAAUACUCUCCCCCUUGACCCCUGCCCGGAGGAGCAGGUUCGGUCUUUGAGCAGCUGUAUUGCGGAUAGCGAUGGAAAGCCGAAUCCCUUAUUUGUGACAACCAUGGAGCCCGAGUUUACCCCCAUGAACGUGUCUGUGACUGGAACAGGCAGCUGCAAGAACAUCCAGUUUGUGCCAGCAAUUCAAUUGGAGAUCCCCAUCGAGCCUACCGUAUCAGUUGCCGCUGGUGGGGGGCCGUCUAGGACCAGCAACGAUGAUGUGUACCUGCACACAGUCAUCCCAGCGGUGGUGGUAGCUGCCAUUCUCCUCAUUGCCGGCAUCAUCGCCAUGAUCUGCUACCGCAAGAAGCGGAAAGGGAAGCUCACCAUUGAGGACCAAGCCACCUUUAUCAAGAAGGGUGUUCCUAUCAUUUUCGCAGAUGAACUUGAUGACUCAAAGCCCCCUCCUUCAUCAAGCGUCCCGCUGAUCCUCCAGGAGGAAAAACCCCCUCUUCCUCCUCCAGAGUAUCCCAGCCAGUCCAGCCAUGAAGCUACCCCACUGGGCCAGGAUCUGAUUGGUGAAUACACCCCUCUGAGAGAAGAGGAUCCCAAUGCACCCCCCUACCAGCCCCCGCCACCCUUCACAGCACCAAUGGAAGGAAAAGGCUGCCGUCCAAAGAACAUGACCCCAUACAGAUCCCCACCACCUUAUGUCCCACCCUAAUACUUAAAGGAGACUGGAACCCCCAUACCCCCACCCCACCCCCUUUCCAUACCAGUGCUGUCUGUAGGGAAUGGAAGCCUGCCACCAUUUUUAAUUUUUUGAGCACUGGGUUUGUUGGUUUGGAAGCCAAGUAAUGCUGGAGUUUCACUGCAGCCUUUAACGAUGUUGAUCUCUUUCCCCGCUUGGCGGGAUGAUCUCCACCAGUCAGCAUUGUUACCUUGAUCUUUUCUGUACAUUGUUACCGCAGGCUUCAAACAUUUGUUUUAAAAUGCUAAAGAGACCACGGGCAGCACUGGGGGAUGUUUGAUACGGUUUGCCUUUAACACUAAUUGUACUGUUUUCUAUUCACACGUGUCUAGCAACGGAAGUAUAACAAAACGGUAGCCUAAUGUAAAUGUCAAAGACUGUACUGAAAUCGGUUUAUUUUACAUUUAAUCCACUAUACCUAAACUUUUACUUCUAGUUUUGGCCAUGUUAAUUGUUUUAAGUUGGACCUUAUCUCUGCUCUGGCUUUUGGGACACCUUGUCAAAUUUCAUUUUGCUUCUUAUCAUUUCUUGCUGUCUGGCCUCUGUCACUGGUUCUAACUAUGUUUCCUUUUAAUAUCACCAGGUCUUUUGCGCUCUCUGACACCAAGCGCUCUUGCGAAGCUGUUUAGCACAUCAUUGCCUUAUGUGAUGGUGCUGCACAUCUCUCACAUCACAUGCUGUUUUCAUGCUCAAGUUUUGGUGUGCCAUUCACCUUCUUGGCUGCCUUUGCCUUGAAUGUUUUCUUUAUCUCUCUGAUUCCUCAACUUUUUUCUUUUCCCUCGUGCAUCCCAUUUCUUGCCCUUUUGCGCCCUCUCCCUCUCCAAUUCAUGCAGUUAAUAUAAAGUUGCUUGUUUGUCAGGUCCUGCUACUCCCAUUUCAGCUCCUUGGCUGCAGACGUACAGGGGUCUUAUGGUAGAUUAUAUUCUAGUCAGCCAGAAAUGAUUAAAAUAAAAAAUUCAAUCUAAUUUUUUUACUAAAUUUUUGAUACAGCCUCAAUCCUUUUAUUAAAUGCAUACUGCAAUUUGUAAACGCUUGGCUUCUUAGGAAUUGUUGAAAUGAAAUUGGGUUUGAUUUUUCUCUCUAUCUCUCUCUCUCUCUAUCUAUCUCUCUCUCCUCCCUCUCAUAGAUCACCUUAUAAAUUUUAAUUUAGAGGGGUUUUUAAAAAAAGUUUUACUGCUUUUAUUUUUAAAGAUGAUUAUUCUCACAGGAUAUCAUGUAGGUGUGAUGUCUGCCACACUUUAUUGGACUGAACCACAAGAGAUUGUAUUUGGAACUUGGACUCGCAAAAACCAUUGCAAUAAUCGUGUGCUGUGCUAGCUUGGUUGGUCAUGUUCUAGAGCUGGCUUAAUGCGCGCACCAUGGGAUCUUGAAGCCAUAAUAGAACACGGCACACAUGCCCGGUGUGUACGCUUAGAUCUGCAGUGGCCAGAAGAGAACUGAUAUAUUCAUCACCACGGUGAUUGGCGAGCAAAUCAAAACAGAAUAAUGCAUUAUUAGCAAUUUUACUUUUUACAGUUAUUAGUAAACAUUUUAUUUAUGCCACUAGGCACUGUAUGUUGGAAGUCUUGUAUUAAAAUGUGUUUUCAUCAAACUGA